CCCGGGCUUCAAGGGACGUGUGGGAUUUAUUACCUCAAUGAGUGAACACUUCUGUGGCACGUGCAACCGUUUACAGAUAACAGCUGAUGGCAAUUUGGAGGUGUGACUCUUUGGGUAUUCAGAGAUAUCUCUCAGAGAUGCAAUACGAAGCAAAUGCAGUGAGGAUGACUUGCUUGCCAUGAUUGGGGCAGCAGUGAGAAGAAAGAAGAAACAACAUGGAGGUGGCCCUGAACUUGAUGGCUGUAGUGAUGUCGUGAAGGCACAAAGUCGGAAGUUGUUAAACCUUCAGAAACAAGAUUUUCAAAAGUACUUCUUCUCAGAUACCAAUAUUUCGCCCCUGUUUGUGUCGGAUACACAGAUGUCUCAGUUGUUGUCACGUAAUUUGAGUGUAGUGACUGAAUCUAGAAAACAGUUUCUUUUGCUUCCCUGUGCCCCAAGCAUUAUGUGCAAUGCAGGACUCCUAACAAAACAAACACACAGAGCACAGCCCUCUGUCUUCUCUUGCCGUUUCUGCAGUUUGGGAGCACAGUCCGAAAGUCGGACUCAUGUUGACCGGUCUGGCAGGGCGAAAAUGGUCAACGUGGGUUCGAAGCUGGUGACAGAACGGACUGCUACAGCACGAGCAAAGGUUUUUGUGGGACCCGAACUGAUGAAACUCAUACGAGAAAAUGGCCUGAAGGUACUUAGCGUUGCUCGCCUGGCGGGAAUUGUGGGGUCCAAGCAGACGUCCAGCCUUAUCCCUCUGUGUCAUAACAUAUCUUUAUCCUCUGUGGCUGUGGACAUUGAACUUUACUCUGCUCUCAACUGUGUGAUUAUAACUGGCACGGCAAAGUGUAGAGGGCAGACGGGCAUGGAGAUGGAAGUUCUCGCUGCUGUAUCGGUGUCUGCCUUAACAGUGUACGAUAUGUGCAAAGCUGUGAGUCAUGACAUUUUGAUAUCUGAAAUAAUGCUUCUGGCCAAAAGUGGGGGAACUAGAGGAGACUUCCACCGGACAUGAGCAUCUGUGUGGGGCAGUGAAAUAAGUUGUAAUAUUUGACAUUGCAGCUUUUGAAAAUGGAGCAGGAUGUUGUGCCCUCUUUCCUAUUGGAGUGUUUCUCUGUGAUCAGAAUUGGAGGCAGACAAUUCACUUGAACUUCCAUUGCUAUUGUUGAUGUCUUUGAAUCAUGUUGUUUCUUUGUGAUUAAUAAAAAAAUUAUACAAUCCAA